GCGUUAUCAUGUUUUGAUAUUAAAAUAUAUAAUAAUAACAAUACGUCGAUAUCGAGUGUACAUUUGUAAACUGUUGUUGUGAAUUUGUCAUAUUAUUCUAUUAUACUACUAUACUACUGUUUUUGUGCGUAAGAAAUAUAUUUUUUUUUCGCUCGCGAAUAGGAUCUUUUUCUGAAUUGACCGAGAAUCGAGACUCGACUACGACGAUCGAUUUUUCAAACGUAUCUCGCACGAAACCCACUUACGGUUACUCUGUCGAUUCUGGUCCCGUCUUGAAAACGUGUCGUCGCCAUCGGUUUCGUCCACAAUAAAAACGAGACUCGUCAACAGUACGUUUCGAUUUCUCCUCUACGUAUUCGUGAGAUAGGUAACGACCCGUCGUCGACAAUGAUCGAAUUCAUGAUUGUACCUGUGCUGUGAUUAUGAAGUACACCAAGAGGCAUCUAAAAUGAACGUUCCAUACAUCAAUGACACUUUUAACAUAAAUGAACUUUCAACAGAUCAACAAAAACUGUUAAUCGAAAUUAGACGUCGUAAAGCAGAAUUAUUACUUGAAAUACAACAAUUGAAAGAUGAAUUAUCCGAAGUUGUUAGUGAAAUGGAAAACAUGGAUUCCAAUGACGAUAGUAAAAAUCAAACCAAAGCUAAACAAAUAUCGAUUGGUCGUAAAAAAUUCAAUAUGGACCCAAAGAAAGGAAUUGAAUUUCUUGUUGAACAUGGUCUACUAAAUCACAAUGAAGCUGAUGUUGCUGCUUUCCUCUAUAAAGGAGAAGGAUUAAAUAAAACUGCAAUUGGCGAUUAUUUGGGAGAACGAAAUGAUUUUAACGAAAGAGUUCUGCGAGAGUUUGUUUCUCUACACGAUUUUACUGAUCUCAUAUUGGUCCAAGCUCUAAGACAAUUUCUAUGGAGCUUUAGACUUCCAGGCGAAGCACAAAAAAUUGAUAGAAUGAUGGAGUGUUUUGCAGAAAGAUAUUGUCAAUUAAACCCAAAUAUUUUUACCAAUACAGAUACUUGUUAUGUUUUAUCAUUUGCUAUUAUAAUGUUAAACACAAGUCUUCAUAACCCUAGUGUCAAAGAUAAACCAUCAGUUGAACAAUUUAUACAAAUGAAUCGUGGUAUCAACAAUGGUGGAGAUUUACCUCGAGAACUUUUAAUUAGUUUAUAUGAUAGCAUAAAAACAGAACCUUUUAAAAUUCCUGAAGAUGAUGGUAAUGACUUAAUGCAUACAUUCUUCAACCCAGACAAAGAAGGAUGGCUAUGGAAACAAGGUGGACGUUAUAAAAGUUGGAAGCGUCGUUGGUUUAUUUUAAAUGAUAAUUGUCUAUAUUAUUUUGAAUAUACAACUGACAAGGAACCUAGAGGAAUAAUUCCACUUGAAAAUAUUGAAGUACGGGAAGUAUCUGAUCGCCAUAAACCGCAUUGUUUUGAAUUGUAUGCAGCUCCUGGAACUACAGACUUUAUUAAAGCUUGUAAAACAGAUAGUGAAGGAAAAGUAGUAGAAGGUAAGCAUACUGUUUAUAGAAUGUCAGCAGCUACAGCAGAAGAAAAAGAUGAGUGGACAAAAUGCCUUAAACAAAGUAUUAGUCAUAAUCCUUUUUAUGACAUGUUAGCAGCACGUAAAAAGAAAGCACAAAAAAACAGUGUUCAUGGUCGAAGCUAGCGUCAUUUAUUCGACUGUUUAAAACAGUAUUUGUGUACUCUGAUGUAUUCGUAUGGACACUUUAGAUACUGGAAAUCUAACAAAGAAGAUCAAUUAAACAAAACUUUCAAGUAAAAUAAUGAUAUUCAACCAUUUAUUUUUUGUUUUUUGUAUCAUUUGGAUCAAAAUGAAAUUAGUCUGAUUGAACAAUAAUCAAUAUUUUUUAUUGAUUUGCACAUUAUUUUAUUAUGAAUAUAAUUUUUUUUAAUAUACCUCCUGGCUUCACCAAAUUUAUACUUUAAA